AUGCCUUUCUCGAAGUUCAAGACGCCUGAGAAGUACAGAUACCAAACCGGCUUUGGGUCUUAUCAAGAAUCUGAAGCGGUCGAGGGCGCUCUGCCAAUUGGACAAAACACACCACAGCGCCCCCCAUUCGGCUUAUACACAGAAAAGAUUUCUGGCAGUGCUUUCCAAGCGCCUAGGCCGGAUAAUCAGCAAACCUGGCUGUAUCGCAUAAUCCCGUCGGUUGUACAUGAACCGUUCGAACCAGAAGCUCUGCAGGACGGUGCAGAGCAGGCCACCAACUACAAUGCCUACGACGAUCUUGUGCAUACCCCAACGCAGGUACGCUGGGACCCAUUCGAUAUUGAGGAGAAGGCGGAUUGGGUGCAUUCGAUGCACUUACUCUGUGCCGCCGGGGAUGUGUCGACGAAAUCCGGGCUGGGCUACUUCAUUUUCACGGCGGGAAAUACAAUGGAUCCUACAUCAGCCUUCUCCUCGGCGGACGGUGAGCUUUUGAUCAUCCUUCAGACUGGCGUCCUCGACAUUAAGACGGAGCUUGGCCACUUACUGGUGCGACCCCUGGAGAUCUGCGUGAUCCCGCGAGGGAUUAAAUACAAUGUGUCGCUGCCCGAGGGUCCUGUACGGGGCUACGCGCUGGAGCUCCAUCAGGGAGUCUUUACGCUCCCGAAUCUUGGCCCGCUUGGAUCCUUCGGGUGUGCCAAUACCAGAGAUUUCCAGAUCCCGGUCGCUGCGUAUGAGGAAGCCACAGAGGGCGUCGAGUACAAGAUCAUCAGCAAAUUCAACGGCCGUCUCUACGAGGCUAGGCAGGGCCAUUCACCCUUUGAUAUCGUCGCCUGGCACGGGACAUACUACCCGUACAAGUACGACCUUGGCCGCUUCAUGACCGUCGGGAGCAUCUCCUACGACCACCCCGACCCGUCGAUCUUCACCUUACUGGCCUCAUCAGAGGGCUUAGCGGAGUUGGCCAUAUUCCCACCGCGCUGGCUGGUCAUGGAGAACACAUUCCGGCCCCCGUGGUACCACCGCAACACGAUGGCCGAGUUCAUGGGCCUGAUCCAGGGCGAGUACGAUGCCAGGACGGACGGCGGGUUCCGGCCUGGCGGAGCAAGUCUCCACAACGUAAUGGUCGGACACGGUCCCGACAGCGCUACGCACGCCCGGGCCUCCGAGAUGGAGCUCCUCCCUCAAAAGGUCGGUGAAGGCAGUAUGGCAUUUGUCCUGGAGGCGAAUGUGCUCCUGGGCCUGAGCCAGUGGGCCUGGUCCAAGUCGAACAAGAGGCAGUUGAACUACAAUGCUCGGACGUGGCUGGGGCUGAGGAGUCACUUCAAGAAGCCCGAGAAGGCCAAGGUGAUUUCGCCAUUCCUUGAUCAGCAGCUAAAAUCCAGUGGGGAGGUGCAGGCGAGAGUGAAUGGUCAUUGA